GUAUUAUAUGUAUAUACUUAUAUAAAUUUUGAUUUAUAUGGAAGAAAAUUUAGUUUUAAAACAAUUGUUUUGCAUCAGUUUGUCUUCAGCUGUACGGCUUACUGCAGCAAGUUAAUGAACUUCGCUGGCAAAGCAGUACGCGAUAAAACGUGCUACGUUAUCGGCCAAAAAGCGUGUGCAGUAUCUUUGACGUCGGUUAAAAACUCGUUCUCGAUCGCUUUGCAAGGUCAGGAACGAAAAAAGUAGAAAUAAUCUAUUACUGAACGCUUAUAUCGACUGAAAUAAGACAACGUGUGUGUAUUUUAUAAAAUUACGUAUUUCGGAUAUCUUAUCGACCGGCAAUGUUUGAUUUAGCCAAUAUUUAUACCGAGUUGAUUGAUCUUUCGAAUCGAUCUUGCGCUGUUGACUUUUUCUAAUUGUAAGUAAUUUAGUGUGUAUCUGCACGUUAAUUAAUAGUGAGCCCGUAGCUUUUUAACGCAUCGAUAACUGGAAUACUGGAAGACAGAUCUCGCGUGCAGCAGGAAGUGGGAAGGCAGAAUACACUACGAAAUAAUAUACGUUCCAUUCUGAGAAGCACGUACGCGAAUACACCGUGAUAUUUGCAUAUCGUCAUUUCGUGGUAAGAAUGUUCUACAAAUAUGUACUCUCUUUCUGCGCGAUAUUACGCUACGUGUGCUCGCUUCGCCAAUGGCGGUACCGCUGACAAACAUGCCGUAUCCACGAAAGAUUAGAAAAGAGUGUUCUUCACUUCCAAUUACCGGCACUGAAUAUUCUACUGAACUUUAAAUCAAAAUUAUGAAACAAACUUAUUUCUUUUACUAAUAAUCGUAAACAAAAAAUAAUUUUAUUAUAAGAUUUUUAUUUAUUCGUUCUACAUAUGUUUCUAAUAAAAUGAAAAAUCCACUUUCAAACCAGUAUAUUUGGAUUACGAACUCGUUAGAAAACAUUGACUCCGUGUACAGAGAAAUAAUUGAUUUCCGUGAAUCGUUAACGUCGUUAAGGCAGCGAACAGUCACGACUUCAUUGACUAGCGGACUUAAUGUAUUUUGGGAUAUACUAUUUGCAAAUUAUUGCAUUUGCAAUUGGCACAAUUCCCUCUUCCAAUGGUGAUAGAGAAAGGGAAGCUGGGAGGGGGUGGUACGAUCAAUGACCAAUACAUACAUACUAUUAAUAAAUAAAAAUACAUACUAUUUUCGCAGAGAAUCAAUGUAUUUCGGCAUUUAUCGAUCCGAAUUCUGUAAUUAUGGUGACGGUUGCGUUAACUCGUAGAUUCAAUUACAUAUUGAUCGAGCAGAGCUUGCGUCAGCCUCGGUUUCAACAUUGCACGAGGGGAUAUCCUCGAAUCUCCCGAAACAAGCGUUCCGUGAAACCGCCGAUAAGCCAUAGUAUUAUUGCUCACCGUUGUUGAAUCCAUUUUCUUCCUGUUUUCUUUGUAAAUUCGCGGGCUAACCAUACCCUAAUUAAGACAUUCUCCGCUCACAAGAAGUCUCGUGGGACGGCACAGGGUCAAGAAGGGGUAGAGUUUUACACUGGUAACGAAUGAAUGCAUGCCUGUCACGUAGAUGGUAAUUUUACUGUUAUAUGUGGCUGUUACUUAAUCUGAAAGCAUUGAAUUUUAUUGGAAUUGUUUCGAAAAAUAAUCUCGAAGGUUUUCACUGAUACCAGUGUGUAUAUCUACUAUGAAAACAUCAGAACGGUGUUUAGAGAAGAAAUAAAAUUUAUCUCCUGACAGCUGCAAGCUGAAAGUAAGUAAGUGGUUCGGAGAGAUCAAGACCCGAUUCCAUCGCAUCGGCCGGUAAGCUCCACCACUUUUUCGUACCGGCCGCGACGCACUGCAGCGACGCGAAAAGCCAUUAAUGAAUCGAUCGCAGAUCGGGAUCCCCACUUUCCUCGAGGAACUCGUUCUCUCUCUCUCUCUCUCGGGUCCGUCCCGUGAUUAACGGCCAUCUCCUGAUGAUCGCCAACCAGCGGUUUAUUCCCUUCUGAAUCUAUCUCACCGUCUUUUUCUCCUCGAAUAUAUGCCCCCUUCCAUCUCCCACCUCCUCCUACCCAGCCACCUUCUCUUCUCGAUUUCUUCGGCCUUCCUCCGAGUACAUAUUACCUCGGUGCGCGAAGAGGAAUACACUUACUUUCUUGAUAGAUCGGGAACCGGGCAGUCUGGAAGCUCGCCGAGGGUGACGCUUCGACUCAACCAGGUGCGCGGAGCGAGGGAUGAGAAGAAAGGAGGGAGCGCUGCUAAUUCCCGUCAGGGCGGCAUGAACGCACAGAAUCAAGGUCAAAUGGAAAAUUCAUCAAAGACGUCAAACGUCUCGUCGGGGACCGUAAAUGCCGCCUCGGGUUCUGCUACCUCUGGGAACACAUCAUCGUCAACUGGUGACAGUGGCGACGUGUACGAAUUCAAAAGUUCGAAAGAGCCAACACCAGUGAGAGGUGCAAGUUCUUCGCCGAAUCCAAAUUCCGAAAAAGAUAAAGAUGGCAGCAAAUCUGCUAGCAAUCAAGGGGGUCAAAGCGGUGGUAACAACGCGUCUACCGUUGGUAGCGCGACAUCAUCUUCCGGUGAAACAACGACCACGUCGAUAACCAGCGACGAUGCCCCUACGGUUUCAGCCUCGCCUUCGUCCAAACGUGCUUUUGAAAGCGAUAAUACGGAAGAGCAAGACGAAGAAAAUCGGCGGAAAAAACGAAAGGAUUCGGAACCUGUGAAAGAAAAUGUAAAAGGCACAACCACUGGAAGACAAAGCACGGGUAGAAAUGCUGCCAACACAACGGAUAAGUGUACGAAAUCAGCUAAGCAAGGGUCUGGCACAACUUCUGGUAAAAGUAAUCAAAAUACCGCUUCGAUUAGUACAGAUAGAAAAAGUCCGAGUAACUCUUCGAUAGCAAGCAGUCCGAAGCCUUCAAACUCUUCUGGUACAACGACUAAUACCAAAACAACUACACCGGCCCCAGCUGAAUCCGACGGCGAGGAUGAUCGAUCGAAAGGUUCCGACUCCAAUUCAGCUCCUAAAGUACCGCCUUUAAAAAUAGUUAUUCCGCAAAGUACCACUUCUGAACAAGAACAGGGUAACAGAAAUGGGAAAAACACGUCUAAUAGAAGUCAUCAAUUACCUUACGUAGUCGCGAGUUCCAAUAGUAAUGAUUCUACGGAUAAAGAUCAAAGUCAGUCCGCUAGCGGUACAACGAGCCCCACAGAAAGUGGGAGUAAUACGAAAAGCGAGGAUAAAAAAGAUUUUACCGGUGCUUUACACGGGGAAGAAAGAUCGACGCAUCAUCAGAGAGUGCUACGGAGUUCGCAUAGAUCCGGUAACGGUGGUAAUGGAUCAACGACUUUAAAAGAAACCUCUGCCUCCUCGGGUAAUGGAAAUUAUUCGAAUUCUUCGCCACUGCCGGUAACUACUACUGAUCGUUCUAAUAAUUCCUCUCCGCAACAACGACAUCAUUCGCCGACGCCUGAAACAACAGGUUCUGAAUCGAAUAAAAAUACGUCGACAGAAGCUUCGAAUAGUAACACCGCCUCGAAGGCGAAUACAGCGACAGAAAAGUCAGAGAAAAAUACUGAAAAUACUGGGGGGAAAUGUCAGAAAGAUAACGGAACAGAAAAUUCGGAAAGCACUUCUACAACUACCUCAUCGACGACAUCAAAUGUAAGCACCCCGGCUCCACCUGUUGAACUUCAUCCUAGGAAAAGGAAAAUGAAACCUAAUAAAGAAGCACAACAAGCUGCCACAGCUGCGUCCAAUGAAACAUCUGAAGCCACUAACGCGGGUCCAGAAGUUCAUCCGCACGAUCAACCCAUUACUAAUUGUUAUCAAUUAUUUUUAAACAUCAGGAAGCAAAUUGAACGAAGAAGAAAAGGCCUUUUCCCGGUGCAACCAAAACCACCUCAGGGCUUCAAGGAUUAUUUAAUGAAUCGGUGUACAUACGUAUUGGCUGGAAAUGCUAAUAAAGAGCCAAACGUUAAUCCCCCCGUUGGAUUACAAGGCCCUAUGAAGGACUUGUAUAUUGAACAAGAAAAAGAAAGAUAUCGUCUUAGAAUGCAGCAUGUAGUUGAAAAAGAAAAAUUAGUUUUAUCAGUCGAACAGGAGAUUCUUAGAGUACAUGGUAGAGCAGCUAGGGCUCUUGCUAAUCAAUCUCUUCCAUUUUCUGUUUGUACAAUAUUAAAGGACGAAGAAGUUUAUAAUGUUAUUACUCCAGAACAAGAAGAAAAAGAUAGAAACGCGAGGAGCAGAUACAAUGGCAGACUGUUCCUGAGCUGGCUACAGGAUGUGGAUGACAAAUGGGAAAAGAUUAAGGAAGCAAUGUUACUCAGACAUCACAACGAAGCAGAAUCAUUGCAUGCUGUGCAGAGAAUGGAUUGGGAGUGGAAAUUGAAAGAAGUUGGAUUAUGCGAAUUCAAAGCAACACCUCAAAUAGAAGAUAUUCAUGUUCCAAUGGUACACGUUUCGGAUGACUUUGAUUUACUCCCAGCUUAGUGUACGAUGAUUGCACAAUUAACUCGGCAUAACUGUUUUGCUCAUGCCUUUGAAAUGAAUUCAAAGGUUAUGAUUAUAAUCUGUGAUCUCUUAAUAAUGUAUGUAUCCGCCAUUCUUGCACGGUUACCAAAUUACAUUAUGUUGCUUCUAUAGUUUAUUAUUACAUCCGGAGGCUAUAUUUAGAAAACGCUUGAUUCUAUAAUUAAGUUACUAUCUUAUAUUUAUAUGCUUUUAUUAGUUUUUCAAAAUUUCAAUAUCAACUUAAAUUAUUUGUGCUUGUAACAUAUUUUAUUUACGAACUGUACAUUCAAACUUAUAAAUAUCGACUGGAGAUGUGUAGUUCUCUUGCUAAUUGGGUUUAAUUAAAAAAGACAAUGACGAAGUUUA